CCAUCAUAAACCCAAAAAAGACCCAUUCUGUUUUCUUACCCUUUAUCACCUAUAUGUAAAUGGGAAAUCUGGGGACCAACUCAUUUGUUUUGUUUAUACUUAGAAAAAUGAGUCUGGCCCCCUUGAAGCUUUUAAACAAUAUCUCAUAUAUGCCUCUUUCCCUUUCUUCUUCCAGCCCCUCCUUUGGGUGACUGGUGGUGUUCAGUGAUAGCUUUCUACCAAAGCAUUCUUUUUUCCUGUACAACCAAACCAAAGCCUGCCAUGUGAGGAACAAAAUCAGAAUGAUGCAAAGGACAAAGCCUUAACUAUUCCUUCUUUAGCUUUUUCUUUCCUACCUGGGAUACUUCUGCUUCAGAAUCAAGCUUCAGGUUUCCAGUGAGGGGCUGCUUCCUUGCAGCUUCUCACAGCAGUAAACCAAGGAGAAAAGGGACUAUGAAGCUGGAUGUGGAGGUGGUGAGCGCGCAUGAUCUUAUGCCCAAAGAUGGUGAAGGAUCCUCCAGUCCCUUUGUAGAAGUUGACUUUGACAACCAAAGAAACAAAACCCAUACUGUCAACAAAAAUCUCAACCCUGUCUGGAACCAAAAACUCCUCUUCAAUUUGGAUGACCCCAACAGCCUCCAUCAUCACAACAUUGUGUUCUGCGUCUACAACGAGAGGAAAUCAUUCCCUGGUUGCAACUUCCUUGGAAAGGUAUGGAUUCAUGAAUUAAAUAUAGUUAGAAAAGGGGAGGAAAUUUUGCAAUGCUUCCAAUUAGAAAGGAAGUGGUUUUUCUCAUCCAUCAAAGAUGAUAUUGGCUUGAAAUUUUAUAUUUUACCUGAAUUUGAACCCAAAUCUCCCCCACCAUGAUCAAGUGAUCAAUCUUUACCAUCACCACCUCCUGUUUCUGAUAAUCCUACAAACAUUCUUACUACUACAGAUAAUUCAGCUGCUUCUGGUACUGUGGCCACUACUAGUAACAGUAACCCUGCAACUCUUGCUACUUCUGAAGCUGUGCCGUUGUCGAUACUUCUAAGGCUACUGCAGUGACUGAACGUUCUACUACAACAGUUGCUGAAAUCAACAGCUCUGCCCCCCAGCUCUGCUUCUCAAGAGCCAGAGGAGAUAAAGGAGUCAAUUGAAGUUAAAGUUGAGACAACUCAAUACAUACACAACAUGCAGCAGGUCAACCCACAAGCCCAUCCUAUCAACCAAGAGGACUACAAAUUAAAGGACACCAGCCCCCGCCUAGGAGAGCGAUGGCCAAAUGGAGGAGUACGUGGCAGUGGAGGGUGGAUGAUGAGUGGAGAAAAAUUCACCAGCACAUAUGACCUUGUAGAGCAGAUGUUCUAUCUGUAUGUUCGAGUGGUCAAAGCCAAAGAUCUACCCCCCAGUGCCAUCACUGGAAGCUGUGACCCAUAUGCAGAGGUGAAACUUGGUAACUAUAAAGGGAAAACAAGGCACUUUGAGAAGAAGACCAACCCUGAGUGGAAUCAGGUCUUUGCAUUCUCUAAGGACCGAAUUCAGUCAUCAGUGCUGGAGGUGUUCGUCAAGGAUAAAGAGAUGGUGGCCAGAGAUGACUAUCUUGGCAAGGUGGUCUUUGACAUGAAUGAGGUACCAACUAGGGUGCCACCAGAUAGUCCCUUGGCACCUCAGUGGUACAGAUUGGAGGAACGACAUGGAGAGGGCAAGGUCAAAGGUGAGAUCAUGCUAGCAGUUUGGAUGGGAACACAGGCUGAUGAAGCUUUCCCAGAAGCCUGGCACUCAGAUGCUGCCUCUGUUCAUGGAGAAGGUGUUUUCAACAUCCGAUCAAAGGUCUACGUCUCACCUAAAUUAUGGUACCUAAGGGUGAACGUGAUAGAAGCCCAAGAUGUACAACCAACGGACAAAACCCGUCUCCCUGAAGUUUAUGUUAAGGCUCAGGUAGGCAACCAGGUUCUCAAAACCAAGAUAUGUCCUACUCGUACCACCAAUCCCAUGUGGAAUGAAGAUCUAGUUUUUGUAGCAGCUGAGCCUUUUGAAGAACAGUUGGUGCUCACAGUUGCAGAUCGUGUGCACCCAUCCAAAGAUGACUCAUUAGGGACGAUAAGUCUGUCGCUCAACAUAUUUGAGAAGCGCCUGGACCACCGGCCUGUUCAUUCUCGUUGGUUCAACCUUAAAAAAUUUGGGUUUGGGAUAUUGGAAGGAGACAAGAGGAACGAGCUCAAAUUUUCAAGUAGUAUCCAUCUAAGAGUUUGCCUUGAGGGUGGUUACCAUGUGCUUGAUGAAUCAACGAUGUAUAUAAGUGAUCAACGCCCUACUGCAAGGCAGCUUUGGAAGCAACCAGUUGGCAUAUUGGAGGUAGGCAUCUUAAGCGCACAAAACCUCCCCCCAAUGAAGACGAAGGAUGGACGGGGCAGCACAGAUGCUUACUGUGUAGCAAAAUAUGGACAGAAGUGGGUAAGAACCAGAACAAUAAUUGACAGCUUUAGUCCCAAAUGGAAUGAGCAAUAUACAUGGGAAGUGUAUGACCCCUGCACGGUAAUCACACUUGGGAUUUUCGACAACUGCCACCUAGGUGGCAGUGAGAAACCAGCUAGUGGAGGAGGCCCUACAAAAGACCCAAGGAUUGGGAAGGUAAGAAUUCGACUAUCAACUCUUGAAGCAGAUCGGAUUUACACACACUCUCAUCCCCUCCUAGUUCUAAAUACAUCUGGGGUAAAGAAGAUGGGGGAGCUCCAGUUAGCAGUUCGUUUCACUUGCCUAUCACUAGCUAACAUGAUAUACCUCUAUGGUCAUCCUCUAUUGCCAAAAAUGCAUUACCUGCAUCCUUUCACAGUGAACCAAGUAGACAGUCUUAGAUACCAGGCAAUGAGCAUUGUAGCGGUGAGGCUUGGACGGGCAGAGCCACCACUCAGGAAAGAGGUUGUUGAGUACAUGUUGGAUGUGGAUUCUCAUAUGUGGAGUAUGAGAAGAAGCAAAGCAAACUUCUUUCGGAUCAUGUCACUACUGUCAGGUUUUAUAUCUGUCAGUAGAUGGUUAGAUGAUGUUUGCCACUGGAAGAACCCAAUCACAACAGUACUGGUUCAUGUUCUGUUCUUAAUACUGAUCUGUUACCCAGAACUGAUACUUCCUACAAUCUUCCUCUAUAUGUUCCUCAUUGGGAUAUGGAACUACAGGUUCCGCCCAAGGCACCCACCACACAUGGAUACUAGACUUUCAUGGGCAGAAGCAGUUCACCCAGAUGAGCUAGAUGAGGAAUUUGACACCUUCCCAACAUCUAAGCCCCAAGACGUAGUCCGGCUGAGGUACGAUCGGCUAAGAAGUGUAGCCGGAAGGAUACAGACAGUAGUUGGAGACAUGGCGACACAGGGGGAAAGAUUUCAGUCCCUGCUCAGCUGGAGAGACCCUAGGGCAACCAGCCUCUUCAUAGUCUUUUGUCUGUUGGCUGCUGUGGCACUUUACAUUACACCAUUCAGAAUAGUGGCUCUUGUCACAGGCCUAGUCAUGCUCCGCCACCCUAGAUUCCGGAGCAAAUUACCUUCUGUACCCAGCAAUUUCUUCAAGAGAUUGCCAGCUCGGGUAGACAGCAUGCUUUGAGGAGGUACAAACAAGUCCAUAUCAAAUUAUUGAUCCCAUUUCUGUGAUCUGUUUCAUGGCUACAUUGGAAUCCUUUCUAGUUUCACUGUUACAAACUGUUCUUUUUCAUGUAGAGUCAAUGGUUUUACAUUUC